CCUGGCCCGGCCCGGCCCCCUCCAUGCCUCCCCGCCGCAAGAAAAAGAAGAAGAAGAAGCCGCAUCAGCAGAAGGAGGCAAAGGCGGGCAACGGCGGGCAGGCGGCGUUGCUGCCCGGCCGCCCGGCUGCAACCCUGGCAUCGGGCCGGCCGCCCCACGCCGCGGCUCUGCCCAGGAUGUUCAGCGGCGUGGGUUGCUUCUGGCUCCUCUUGUCCUCCUGCCUGCUGGCCGUUUGCAGCUUCGGCUUCCUCUCGCCCGCUUGGAUCGUCCGGCAGCGAGGCGGCGGCGGCGGCGGCGGCGGGCGGAGGUGGGGAGGCAGCCCCGCGCCCGGUUCCGUGGAAAGCAUCGGCGGCGGCGGCGGCGUGGGCGAAGUCAGCUUCGGUUUGCUCUGGCAUUGCUCGGGAGCUCCGCCGCGGCACGUGGAGCCCUGCGACGCCCUAGGCGGCCUGGGGGGCUUCGCUCAGAUCCCUUCCGCCUCCUGGCAGACCAGUGCGGUGCUGUGUGUGGGCGGUUGUGCCCUUUUGGCUUUCAGCGCCCUGCUGGCGGUCAUCGUCCUUUUCCUUCCCAGCGGACAGUGUGAGAGACGGCUCUGCACCCUGGCUGGGUACAUUCAGACAGCGGCCGUAUUCAUCAUGGGGUUCGGCCUCCUGGUGUAUCCGUUCGGAUUCGGCUCUUUGGCCGUCAGGACGCAUUGCGAGGAUUCGAGCAUUUAUUACGCCGGGAGUUGCCAGCUGGGCUGGGGUUACAUGUUGGCCAUCGUCGGGGUGAUGCUUUCUGUCUUCUUGCCCUUUUUUGCAAAAUAUGCACCGAAAGACCAUCCUUAUCCCACUCCGAUUCCUACCAUUUUGUAAUAUUUCGCAAUCCAAUGUUCUGGUCGGAAAUUUCCGAGCGCUUCCUUGGAGCUUUGAGUCAAAAAACAAGAAGAAGAAGAAGAAGAAGGAGUAACAGCGACAGAGUUGGAAGGGACCUCGGAGGUCAUCUAGUCCAACCCCCUGCUCACGCAGGAGACCUGUGCAAGGGAUUCGAGCUGCCAACCUUUCUGAUCGACAAGCUCAGCGUCUUAGCCACUGAGCCGCCUAGCCAGUAUUUUUAAGUCGCUCCAAGUAAACCCAAAAAUACAUCGGCGAUCAGCUCUCGGAUUCUGCAAUAAGAUCGCCCAGUUUUGGAUUCAGUUGCCUCAAACUUUUUUCGCGUUGAAUGCCGAACGCUUCCGAAAAGAACGAAAUCCGGUUUUAUCUUCAAAAUAUCUACCUCCCUGUUUCUUUGCCAACUCAAAUCUUCUUCUUUUUUUCCCUUUUUUUAAAGGCUUCCGAAUUGGGUUUUUUAUAUCUUUUAACGGUUGAAUAUCUGAACAUGUUUGGUUUUUUUUUAAUUGAACCAGCUUGUUUUAAAACCGAGAGCCACAUUUUUAUUUUUUAUUUUUGCAAAUUACUGUUGCCCGGAUAAAUAACAGCAUCCUUGCUGGCUCAACGUAUUUUUGCAAGGAUUAAGCCAAGGAACUAUUUUUUUUGGGAAUUGCUAUGAUGGCUUUGUUCAGACAACAGGAUAAGACAAAGGCUGGAUCCCUGCAGACUGUUAAACUACACCUGACACUGCACAGUUUUACCCUUGUUGGUUGUGUGAAUCCAAUAUCCAAUGUGGGAUACGUAUGGAUUUAAGGGCCUACUCAGUGGCAAAUAAAGGAUUGUCUCGCUCUCUUUCUCUCUCUUUUUCUUUCUCUUUCUCUCGUUCUCUCUUUCUCUGUCUUUCUCUCUGUCUCUCUCUUACUUCCUUUCUUUCUUUCUUUCUUUCUUUCUUUCUUUCUUUCUUUCUUUCUUUCUUUCUUUCUCUCUUUCUCUUUCUCCUUUUCUCUCUCUUUCUCUCUCUCUCUUUCUUUCUCUUUCUUUCUUUCUUUCUCUUUCUCUGUCUUUCUGUCUUACUUCCUCUCUUUCUUUCUUACUUUUUCUUUCUCCUUUUCUCUCUCUUUCUUUCUCUGUCUCUUUCUCUCUGUCUUCCCAAAGGUGUUUUUUGUUUUUUUUCAAGAGGCAACUGGAUUUUCUUGUUUUUCUCUGAAGACG